AUGCGUUUACAAUCAGUCCUGUGGGCGUCAUGGAACCUAGCCUCGCAAACCAGCGCGGCAUCCUGCUCCCCUGAAGGCUUCGGCUCACUUCCAGCAGGCGUAUCAAUUUUGAACACCACGGACUUUCCCGUGUCUUCGGCAUCAAACCUCUACGGGCAGUCAGCCGAAGACGACCCAGGUUACAACCCGGCCUACGCCUGGAGCUUCCCCGCGCUCUGCGCUGUCGUCGCCAACGUGGUCGAGGGCAACUCGUCCUACAACCUCGGCCUGUUUCUGCCGAGCCAAUGGAGCGGCAAGUUCCUGGCGGUGGGCGGCUACUCGUUCGCCGGGGGCAUCAACUGGCAUGACAUGAGCCCGGGGCCCUGGUAUGGCAUGGCGACGGUCACGACCGACACGGGCCACCUCUCCGCGGCUCCGGACCAGUCCUGGGCUGCCGACCCGGGGCUGCGGGCGGACUGGGGCUCGGUCGCGAUGCACGGCGCGGUGACGUACGGCAAGAUGCUCACCGAGGCGUUCUACGGCUCGAAUGUCACCGGGUCUUACUACAGCGGCUGCUCGACGGGCGGGAGGCAGGGGCUCAAGGAGAUCCAAGAGUACCCUGACAGUUUUGACGGGCUCCUGAUAGGCGCCCCUGCGUGGAACACCAAGAACUACAUGCCCUGGUUGACGCAAAUCGGCGUUUGGAACCACGCGAGCAAUGCGACCAGGCUGAACGAUUCCGACUUUGGCACCCUGGCGGCUUUCGUGCAAGCCCAGUGCGAUGCCCAAGACGGCCUCGAGGACGGCAUCGUCAGCUCACCCGAAACUUGUCGCAUUAACUGGGACGAUAUUGAGUGCGGGUCACCGAGCAACCCAAGCCCGUGUCUCAGCAGUGGGCAAGUCGAAAUCGCGCAGCUCGUCUACGGCGACUACUACAUCGACGGAGGGGCCGACUUUGUCCACAACGGCUUCGAAGUCAGCUCCGAGGACCAGUGGUCAACCUUCCUCACGGGAUCGAGCACGACCGGCUUCGAUGGGGACUACGAGCGGUACUUUCUAAACUAUGGGCCGGACUGGCAGACCACAAGCUACAACUCCUCGACUGUUGGGGAUAACUAA